CAGGGAGCUAGGAUAUACUGGGGCUAGCAGUGCUUAUACUACUAGUGAAUAUGAAAUCCAGCCAGGUGCUUUGAUUGAUGGUGUUAAUUGUACUGGAAAUGAGACACGACUCUCUUACUGUAUCAUCAAUGAAUGGAAUGUAACUAAGGACUGUCCUUCAUUUGCUGGUGCAGUAUGUACAGUUACAAUGGAUUCCGUGAGCCUAGUUGGUGGUAUUUCCUCCAAUGAAGGACGAGUUGAGAUACUUCGUAAUGGAGUUAGGAGCAGCGUCUGUGACGAAGGAUGGGGUCUACCAGAUGCUGAGGUUAUCUGUCGUGUACUUGGGUACCCAAGGGCCAGCCGAACAUUAGCAGGUUCUUGGUUUGGUAAAGGUGAAGGAGCAGUUUGGUCUGGUGUAGAUUGUACUGGCAAUGAAGCUAGCCUGUCAUUUUGUCCAAAUAAUACUGGCAGCACUAGCAGUGCCUGUAGUUCACACUCUAGUGAUGCCAGUGUGGUCUGCUCAUCAAGUUCCUCGGUAUCUCAGACGUUCUUAUGUGCCGAUGGUGAUGUAAGACUCACUAAAAACGGGAUGAUACUUGAAGGACAAAGCCAGGGACGAUUAGAGAUAUGUGUAGGCGGAGAAUGGGGGCGGGUCUGCAUUGGUGGGUGGGGCUAUGAGGAGGCUGCCCUGGUGUGUCAUCAGUUAGGAUUCAGAGUUGAAG